GGUCACUGAAGAUUUAGACUUUAACUGUUGAAACACAUUAGAGUGAGAUCAGUGAUUGAUUUUGUAGAACUGUUUUUCACUUUGGUUGGAUUAGAGACGUUUAGAGUUGUUAUCUGUGUUGUGUUGAUUUUGGCUUUUUGCUGUAAACGAGUUCAGAGAUGAAGAGUUUGGUGAUGGGAAUUUGAGGUUUUGAGGUUUGGACUGUUGGGAUUUGAUAAAGGAUUGAUUUUGGUAACUGGGUUAUGAUCAAAAUCUUGGCUUUUGUAUGGGAACUGUGGAAUUGGUGAGAAAACUUGAGAAUUUGAUGAUGGAUUGAAGAUUGUAGAAUAGAAGCUUUUAUGAUUUGUAUGUUGUGGAUUUGGUGAGAAAUAGAUGGCUACCACAUCGCCAUCUCCAAACUCAUCUCCUUCAGCUGUGCCACCAGCUUCUAAUACUAGCUCAACACCACCACCACAGCCCAAUGUAGAACCACCAGCUUCCUCAAACACUACAAUUCAAUCCCCACCGCCUGAUGUUCCAUCAGCUCCUCCUCCAAUUUCAUCAUCACCACCUCCAAAUCCAUCUCCCCCUUCAUCUCCUCCAGUGGGUAAACAAUCUGAUCCACCAGCCUCACCGCCACCCCCGCCUUCUUCAUCCAAUGUGCCUCCACCAACUUCAAAUUCUCCACCCCCACCAUCAUCUGACCCUCCCAAGAGUUCACCUUCACCGCCGCCACCAACUUCUGAUCCACCUGCAAGUUCACCUCCCCCACCGCAGCCAGUGAGUUCACCUCCACCGCCAACUUCAAGUCCACCUAAGAGUUCACCUCCACCUCCAUCAACAACACCACCCAAAAGUUCACCUCCACCACCAGCAAAGCCACCUGAGAAAUCUCCUCCACCGCCACUAGCAAAUCCCCCUGAAACAUCACCACCGCCACCACCAACAUCACAGCCACCUGAAAAAUCACCACCACCACCACCAUCAGACCCACCAAAGAGUUCACCACCACCUCCAAAAUCUGAGCCACCCAAAAGUUCACCUCCACCACCAGCAUCACCUCCAAAAAGUUCACCUCCUCCACCGGCAUCAGAGCCUCCCAGCAGUUCACCCCCACCUUCGAGCCCCAACCCUCCCCCUCCACCUGGUUCUCAACCAACUCCUUCAGCACCACCUCCAAAGUCCUCAGCUCCACCACCCACAAUACGACUCUCACCACCUCCACCCUCACAUGAUGCUCCUCCACCUACUCCUCAAAUUCCAAGCUCACCAUCGAAUGUUCCAAACGCAACCAAUUCCAGUCCUACUGUGCCACCAAGUUCAAAUGCCACAAGUAAUAAGGGCCUUAGCACUGGAGGUGCAGUGGCAAUUAGUGUAGUGGCAGGGAUAGUAGUGCUUAGCUUCAUUGCAUUCGCUGUAUGGUGCAUGAGGAGGAAGCAAAGGAAAAAGGUUUCUGGAUUUGGAGGUUAUGUUAUGCCAUCGCCGAUGGCAUCUUCUCCCCAAUCAGAUUCAUCAUCAUUCUUGAAGACACAUUCUUCAGCUCCCCUUGUUGGAAGUGGUUCUGGUAGUGAUUCCGUGAAUUCUCCUGCUGAACCAGCAGGGAGCAAUUCAAGACCUUGGUUUACUUAUGGCGAACUAGUUAAGGCCACAAAUGGCUUUUCAUCUCAGAAUCUUUUGGGGGAAGGUGGAUUUGGUUCUGUAUAUAAGGGAAUCCUGCCAGAUGAAAGAGAGGUGGCAGUAAAACAAUUGAAAAUAGGUGGGAGUCAGGGUGAGAGAGAAUUCAAAGCUGAAGUUGAGACUAUUAGUCGCGUUCACCACCGCCAUUUGGUUUCUCUGGUGGGCUACUGCAUUUCUGAGAACCAAAGGCUGCUUGUUUAUGAAUAUGUCUCUAAUGAUACCCUCUAUUUCCAUCUUCAUGGCGAAGGUAGGCCAGUUCUUGAUUGGGCCACACGUGUUAAAGUUGCUGCUGGUGCAGCUCGUGGAAUCGCAUAUCUUCAUGAAGACUGCCAUCCUCGCAUUAUUCACAGGGAUAUAAAAUCAUCAAACAUUCUAUUAGAUAACAACUUUGAAGCUCGGGUUUCAGAUUUUGGACUUGCCAAAUUGUGUCUGGAUGCAAAUACACAUAUAAGUACACGUGUCAUGGGAACCUUUGGAUAUGUGGCCCCUGAGUAUGCUUCAAGUGGCAAAUUGACUGAGAAAUCUGAUGUGUACUCAUUUGGAGUUGUGCUUUUGGAAUUGAUUACUGGACGGAAGGCUGUGGAUGCAUCCCAGCCAUUGGGAGAUGAGAGUCUAGUUGAAUGGGCUCGACCCUUGUUGGGUUAUGCUCUUGAUAAUGAGGAAUUUGAAGGUUUCGUUGAUCCAAGGCUUCAGAAGAACUAUGUUGAAAGUGAAGUGUUCAGACUGAUUGAGAUUGCUGCUGCUUGUGUGCGACACUCAGCUGCUAAGAGACCAAGAAUGGGGCAGGUUGUUAGAGCUUUCGAUAGUAUGGCAACUGCUGAUUUAACCAAUGGAAUGAAAGUGGGGGAAAGUGAGACAUUCAACUCAGCUCAACAAUCAGCUGAAAUUAGAUUGUUUCGGAGAAUGGCAUUUGGUAAUCAAAAUUACAGUACAGAUUUUUUCAGCGAAGGUAGCGGGAAUAGUUACGUGGUAUAGUAAAUAUAAGAAGAGAUAAGGAUUUGGCUCAGCAGAGACCCUGAUUUGUCUGACCUGCAUCAGAUGUAGAGACUGAAACCACAUUACAUUUUCUUGUUCAUGUAUAGGCUCAUUUUUGCUUCUACCUGUCAUAUAGUAGUUUCUGCACUGCUAUUUUUUGCCCUUGUAAUUAU